AUGGCCUCCCUACUCCGUCAAAUCGUCGCCGGGCCCCGCGUAAAACACCAAGAAACCGGUCUCGAUCUGUGCUACGUGACCCCUAAUAUCAUUGCAACAUCCGGCCCCUCCCAAACCUACCCGCAACGCGCCUACCGCAACCCCCUCGACCGCCUCGUCGCCUUCCUCGACGCCCGCCACCCGGCCGGCUGGGCCGUCUGGGAGUUCCGCGCCGAGGGCACCGGCUACCCGGACGAGGCCGUCCACGGUCGCGUCCGCCACUACCCCUGGCCCGAUCACCACCCGCCGCCGUUUGGGCUGGUGCCGGGGAUUGUGGGCGGGAUGAGAAGGUGGAUUGGGGGGGGGGAAUUGGGGGAUGGGGUUGAUGGGGAGGGGGGGGAGGGGAGUGGUGAGGGGGGUGAUGCUGCAAAGGAUUGA